GCAGAGAGUAAAGAGUUUAAGUAUGAGUCUAUUUUAGAUAAGGAGAAAACCCUGCUAGGGAAUAUGGUUACUGCAAAUAAUACUCAAGAAGAAUCUGAUAGAAAUAGCUCUAUUCCAAUAGACAUUGUCCCUAUUAAGCCAAUUACUCUAUUAAGUGAUUAUGGAAAAAAUAUACUAAACAAUGUCAAAAGCACUGCUCGUAAAAGAUAUUACACUAAAUAUGAAGAAACAACCACUUCAACUAACAAUGAGCUGGAAAGCA